AUGCAUGUUGGAGGUAUAUCACUUUCCCAAAAGGUUGUUUUCUCCGCCUCUCAGAUAUCCAGUAUAACCGUACCUGUUGAUAAAGUUCGUCAUAUCUCUGCUGUGUUGUCUGUCAGACUGUGGGUGAGUGAUUAUUGGGGUCAGCUCCUACAGGUGGACUCCUCCGGACGCGUACUACACGACAUAUUGAGAGUUGAAUACUCAUCAUUUCCAUUUAAAUUCGAAUGUACAGGGAGUCACACCGUCACAGAGGACGGGGACCUCCUGCUUAUAGACGACGAUAAAGUCCGUAAGUUAACAUCAGACGGGACCGUCAUCACACUCCUCACACAAGACUGGGGAGCACCCUGUAUCCACUCCUCCCGUAUUAACGGCGACAUAUUGGUGGGGAGUAUUAGCAAAGUGACGAGGUACAACAGGACAGGACGGAAACUCCAGGUCAUUGAGAAGGACGAUAAAGGACAUAGUUUGUAUAGAUCACCAAUCUACAUCACGGAGAACAAGAACGGAGACAUCUGGAUUUCUGACCUGGAUAAGGGAGCAGUAGUAGUGGUGGAUAAAUCAGGACGUCAUCGGUUUGACUACGGAGGUCGUCAGUCUGACUACACAGAUCGUCAGUCUGACUACACAGGUCGUCAGUUUCCCUUUUCACCCCGUGGUAUCUGUAAGGACGUCCUCGGACACGUUCUGGUCUGUGAUUUUUAUAAUAACAGCGUCCACCUCCUGGAUCAGGAUGGUCAGUUCCUGUCUCUACUGCUGACACGAGAACAACAUGGAAUACAUCUUCCUACGGCUCUGUGUGUGGACGACCAACACAACCUCUAUCUGGGACAGUGCGACAGUAACACGAUAAACGUGUACAAGUAUCUAAAGGAUACGGACUUCAAAUAA